CCGGGGAGCCGCCGGGGAGCCGCCGGAGAGCCGCCGGGGAGCCGCCGGGGCCCGACAUGGAUCUGUUCGGGGACCUGCGGCGCAUGAACAAGCGGCAGCUGUAUUACCAAGUCCUAAAUUUUGCUAUGAUAGUGUCUUCUGCCCUUAUGAUCUGGAAAGGGCUCAUCGUCGUCACGGGCAGUGAGAGCCCCAUUGUCGUGGUGCUCAGUGGCAGCAUGGAACCAGCUUUUCACAGGGGAGACCUGCUGUUCCUAACGAAUUUCCACGAUGACCCAAUCAGAGCUGGUGAAAUAGUUGUUUUUAAAGUUGAAGGCAGAGACAUUCCAAUAGUUCACAGAGUAAUCAAAGUACACGAAAAAGGAAAUGGGAACAUCAAAUUUCUGACUAAAGGUGAUAAUAAUGAAGUUGAUGAUAGAGGCUUGUACAAAGAAGGUCAGAACUGGUUAGAGAAGAAAGAUGUUGUUGGAAGAGCAAGAGGGUUUUUGCCCUAUGUUGGAAUGGUAACUAUAAUCAUGAAUGACUAUCCAAAAUUUAAGUAUGCUCUCCUGGCAGUGAUGGGAGCCUAUGUACUGCUGAAACGGGAGUCCUAAAAUCAGGCAGCUUUCCAAGGACAAAGCUGAAUGUACAGGGGGAAAAAAAAACUAAUAUAUAUUUCAGAUGGUUUCGUUUCUGUAAACAGUUACAAAGCUGUGCAAGCUUUUGUCUUGUCUAAAUAAACUAGGACUAAUGAGUGAAGCUGUUGGCUGUUGGUUAAUGAUGAAAUGGCAUAUUUCCUGCCUUCAACAGACACUGCUCUCAGUCAGCCUGGCCCUGGGCUGGAAGACACUGUCAUGUCCUAAAGCAGCCACGGGCUCUCCCUGGUGUGCCCGGUCAUUUUCUCUUGAAUGGUCCUGCAUCUGAACCCACUUUCUCCAUCCUUUUUGUUUGGGGCUUUUUCCUUGAUUAUUUUUAAUCUGUCAGUGCCCUCUUUUCUCCACCCCCCACACUGGAUUUAUCAGUGCCUGUGAGGACGUGGCAUCUGGGUGGGAACAGGUGGUGAGUGGCAGGGGUUUGGUCAGUCUGAGGAAGGUUGGCUAGAUGUGGUGACAAAAACUGCCAAGGAAGGGGCUUUCUCUCCCAUUGGGAACUGAGCAACGGGGACUUGGAGCUCUUCCCCUGCAUUUCAAACCUUCUUCAUGGAGUAGGGACAGAGACCCUGAUGGCCUGAUUUCUAGAGGCCUCUUAUUUAGGGACUGCUAAGUUUCUAGAAUUCAGGCUGUUGACCAUUAUGCCUUUUGUGUUCCUAGGUGUUAAACAAACCCAACCAAAAGGUUUUAUGGGGCUUUAAUAGCACUUGUAAAGUACUGAAUGAAUAGCACAGUAGUACACUCCAGGGGUAUUGGCAGGAAGGGUAAACCAUAACUCCUGUGCCAGUUUGGAGAACACGUUAUUCUCUCCUAUCAUGUAACACCUGAGUAGUGUUAAAUAAAUAAAAUUAAAAUAAAAUUGAUUUUUCAUUUAAAAAUCUA